CCCACUCUAUUGCUUUGCAUAUUUCACAUUAUUUUCACCUUCUAUAUAUUUCUAUUACUACUGCUGCCGCUGUUAUUUAAUCAAAAUGGCUUUAUGUUUAGCAAACAAUGCAUCUCCAUUUUUGGUGAUGCUAAUCUCAAUGUGGCUCUUAAUAUGCUGCUAUGAAGCCAAAGAAUAUGUGGUUGGAGGCAGUGAUAAUUCCUGGAAGGUUCCUCUCUCAUCCUCAGAUUCACAUUCACUCAAUCACUGGGCCAACACUCACCAAUUCAAAAUCGGCGAUACUCUCAUUUUUAACUACGACGAGAGAACAGAAUCAGUGCAUGUAGUGAAUAACACGGACUACGAAAGGUGCAACACGGUGGGGCAAGGACACGUGGUAUUCAACGAUGGCAGCACCAAGGUCGUACUUAACAAAUCUGGAUUCAAACACUUCAUAAGUGGAAAUAAAAGUCAUUGCCAGAUGGGGUUAAAGCUGGUUGUGCAUAUCGUGUCUAACAACAAAACCAAAAAGAAGUUUCAUUCUCCAUCUCCAUCACCAUCACCAUUACCACUUUUGCUUUCCCCAUCACCGUCACCUUCACCUUCACCUUCACCGCUUCCAAAUAAUCAAGGUGUUACUUGUAAAUCAGGUGGUGGAUUCAUGGGAGUUAUGAUGUUGAUGGGAGUGGUGGUAUUAGUAUCUUGAGAGUAUUGUGUAUUUGCGUAUUAAUGUCUUUGAGCUUGAUUAGAUAUAAGUUAAAAAUAUCUUUUAAAAAUUUCUCUAUUAAAAAUAAAGAAUAUUUUUAUAUAGAGAAAUUUUAAAAUAUAAUUUUAAAUUUAUAUCUAAACAUGUUCUUUGUACAUGAUUAUAUGCAACAUAUGAGGUUAACUAGCUAGGUCAAGCAUUUUGGUUAUCAUUUUUGUUUUUAAGUUUGAAAGGUUUUCCUUUGAUGGGAAAAAAGGUUGUUUCAAGUGAGAACGUACGAUUGCACCCUUUAAUUCCAAUGCCCGGUCUUGGUAAUUUUGAGAUUGAAUAAGUCAUUUGGAUAUAAAUGCAUGUGCAUUGCCUGUUCCAAAGUCAUUGUUGCCAAAUAAGUUCUCCUCUUCUUAAUUAUUUCUGUAUUUUACCAUUUCGCAUUAUAUAUUAAAAUAAUAAUUUCCACUUA